AAAAAUGGAGAAGGGGAGAAAUCACUUUUUUUUUAUUGACUCAGUAAUUCGUUUGUUGUUUGUCAGUAGUGCCUGCAGCAGGGCUGGACUAACAGCUAAGAAGUGAACUGUAUCAAGACUUUGUAGUUAUUUUUAGGAUCCAGAUUUGAACCAUUUUGGGUCGUUUGGUGUGGUGAGAAGUGGCAUCAUCACUGCUCAAUGUGUGCUCCACUGGGAGCCCUCCCAGGGUGCUCUGUCCCUUCUUGCAGUGAGAGACUCUCUCUGGUCCAAAGUGUUAAUCUCUCUUCUCUGAGAGAUUGAAAGAAAAAGGUGCUUUCAUCUCCAGGCAACACCCUGUGCCAGAAGAAUGGUUUCUGUGCAAUAGUCCUAGAAAGGAGAUCCGAGGAGAUAAGAUCAGACUGGAAUGAGAUAACAUCAGCCAAAGCAAUGGUGCCGGAAUGAACAAUAAGGAAAACAAGCAGAGAUGAAUUCAGUAAGUGUGAGAGCUGGGGGCCUGUUGGGCUGGUCCCUGCUCAGUCAGCUGUGGAGAAACACACCCAGGAGAAAGCCUGGCUGAUCUCAGCUCUGCCAUCACCUUCACCGGGAAGGCUGCAGGUACCCAUGUGCAGCUGAAGAGCCCAGCACCUGCAGAGCCUUUGCUGGAAAGGAGAUCUGCAUGUGGAAAGGACUUCCUCCAGCAGAGAAAAUGGGCCAGAAGGUCUCCCAGGAGGACAACCAAGAGAGCAAGGCUGAAACUCUGGCCAUCUGUGAAGCCUUCAGCCAGGGCGUGCUCCACGCCUCUCAAAGGCUGAAGGACUACCUCGGCUUUGUGGAUCCUCAAAGCAAAUUCCAGCCAGCCACGAACACGCUGAGCGAGAUCUUCCUGGUGAACUUCAUCAGCUUCUGCGUGGGGAAGGGCGUGGAGGAGCGGAUCAUGACCAGCAAAAUGACCAAGCAGCAGUCUUCCCUGUUUGGGGUGGACUGGAUCUGGACUGUGUGUGGGUCUGACAAGCAGGUGAAGCUGCAGAUCGCUGUGCAGGCUUUGCAGCCGGCCGAGCUGUUCCGCGGCGAGGGCCCUGCCGAGGAUUGCUGCCGCGAGGCCGCGCUGGCCGACGAGCGCUUCCAGAACAUGAGCAGGUUUGAGAAGCUGGCCGAGUUCUGCCGCCUGGUGGGACGGGACUGCCUGGGCCUGUUCGUCAUGUUCGGAGUGCCGGGGAAGCCCAAGGACAUCCGAGGAGUCCUGCUGGACAGCGUUGCCAAGGAGGAGCAAAAAUGCCGCCUGUCGGGCAGGAAUGCGCUGCGGCAAUUUGUCACCAGCACCGACAGCUCCCUGCCCACAAAAGACAUGCUGGAAAAUUGCCUGGGCGCCAAAAACGGGCUGAAGGACUUGGGCAAAGCCUACAUAAACUUUGUGUAAGCAGCUGGGCUGCACCAGGCUCAGCUCUGCCCCUCUUGCUUUCCUCCCCACACUCCAUUCCCUGCUGCUUCCCUUCGUGUUCCCUUAGCUCCUGCAGAAGCCAGGCUGAGUCAGCCUCUCCAGGUUUUAAAACAACAGGAUGGACCUGCCAGAAAAAAGUGUUUAUAGAAGGCAUGAUGCAUUUCCAGAACAUUUUGUUUGCCAGACAUUAAGUCUUGGCUGGAGCUGCUGAAAGCUUUAUCAGCCAGAGCUCUGGGGAGGUCCUGAUGGAUUUGACUCGGAGCCUUUGUUUGCUGUGUGGCAGACUUUUUUCUGUCCUGGGAAGGUGGGUCUGUAAUAAUGGAAAUGUGCUGGUCAGAAGAGUUGCAAUGAGUGUGAAGGACUUACCAGGCCUUAAAAUGACUGAUUUGAAAGAGUGAGCUGGUUCCAGAGGAAAAGCCCUUCCCAGUGCUAGAAAUGGGCUCUGAGAGAGAGAGACUUAUUAAUUAUCACCCCUAAUUGGUGCCAGGCUCCACAGGCCCUUGGAGCUGUGAACAAAAGGCAGGGCUGGAGCCAAUUGCUUAGCUUUUCUCACUGAGUGGCUGUGUCAGGGCAAAGUGUGGCAAAAGCCAGGGGCAGGUGUUCAAGAACACUUGGGAGAAAUGGGGCCAAAAACCCGGCCUGAUGUGGGUGGGACCUUUUCAUAGCAACAGAGCAGCCCCUGACCAUUCACAGCAGAGAGCAAAUCUGGAGGAGGCAAGAUUAUUUCACUUGGAAUUUUUUUUCAGUAGCUUAGCAGGUGAUGGCAUUUAUGGCUUGAUUUAUUUUAUUUCCCUCAGUUUUUACUGGACUAAGUGAGGCUUUUGGGUUGUACAAGUAUAAUUACUUGCUUUACUGUUAACCAGUGAAGGAGGAUCUGAUCCAUAUUCAGACUGGUAAACUCACUUGAGUUAUAGCUGUUUGAAUAGUCUUGUCAGUACAAAACUCAUCUGCCUCUAAUUUUAGUAUAAAUUCAGUCAUUUAACAGAAUAAAAAUAAUUUUGAAAACACAUUCAUCUUUCACUAUUUACUAUUCAAGUUGUAAGAUGGGGGCAGCUGUGAGAGCUGAGAAUCAGAGGCUGUUACUUAAAGAGCCAUUGAAAAAGAGCCUGAAGAGGCUGAGGCAUCAGUGCCACGAGUGUUUGCAGCAUUCCAUGGCAGAGGCAAGGAGUCUGAAAAGGGAACUGAAAUAAAAACUAACACAGAGAAGUGUGACAUUUUUGCUGAGUCACAAAUGUAACUGGGUUUGGAGAAGGGUGACCUUUCAGUCCUGAAAUAGUUCAUUGAGAUAGAAUUGUUUUUAAAGAGCUGCUGUCACUAUUCUGUGCGUGUGGCUGGGUUUGGUGGGACAGAGGAGACAGAGCUGGUGUGUUGCAUAGAGAGCCUGCAUAGCUGUGGGGGAUUGGGUUUUUUUGCCUGUUUAACAGAAUAAUGAACUCUGCAGCAGGAUUGAUACUGGUUAUAAAAGACCUGCAGAAAACUUUA